GUCAUUUAUCCCCAUUGGAUACCUCUAUUCCUAAUUGUCCCUCAUUUUAUAGUUCAUUGAUUUUAGUUCACGAAAUCUCGUGUUCAGGGAGAUUUCGCGGGACUUUCUGAAAGUUGGUUGAAUGGAAAAGGCGUUGGAUAUCGCUUGGUAUCAAAUGUACUUUUUUACAAGUUUUACUGUUCAUCUCAAGCUCUUUUUAGUCUCUGCAAUUGGUCAUCUUACAAAGCAAGUUCCAGCACAGCACAGUAGAAGUUUGUAUGAAUGGCAGAGUGUUUUGUGGUUUACAGUUCGGAGUACUUUGUGGUUUACAGUUCUUACAGAACUGAGCCAGGGUUACGAGGAUUAUGAGAGCUAUGAGGAUUAUGCUAAGGACAGCUUUGAUAGUACUAUAAGUGAUGAAUCUGAAAUGACAAUGAUUGUUGUAGAAGUAAAUAUAGUUAUAGAAGUGAAUAAAUUAAAUCCACGUCUGACGUCUCGUUUGUAUUUAAAUAAAGUAAGGAAAACCAACGAGAUUACACUAUAUAAAUAA